GCGGCCCCGCUCCUGCCUGCAGCGCCCCGAGCGGCGAAGCCAGCCGGAUGGGCCGCUGAGCCCGGGCCCGGGAGCGUGUGGAGCCCCCUGGAGCCGAGGUCAGCAUGUUCCGCUUCAUGAGGGACGCGGAGCCCGAGGACCCCAUGUUCCUGAUGGACCCCUUCGCUAUUCACCGCCAGCAUAUGAGCCGCAUGUUGUCGGGGGGCUUUGGCUAUAGCCCCAUCCUUAGCAUCACAGAUGGCAGCAUGCCAGCGACCAGGCCUGCCAGCCGCCGGAUGCAGGCUGGGGCCGUCUCUCCCUUCGGGAUGCUGGGAAUGUCCGGAGGCUUCAUGGACAUGUUUGGGAUGAUGAAUGACAUGAUUGGGAACAUGGAACACAUGACAGCUGGAGGCAAUUGCCAGACCUUCUCAUCCUCCACGGUCAUCUCCUACUCUAAUACAGGGGAUGGUGCCCCCAAGGUCUACCAGGAGACCUCAGAGAUGCGCUCUGCACCAGGUGGGAUCCGGGAGACCCGGAGGACUGUCCGCGACUCGGACAGCGGACUAGAGCAGAUGUCCAUCGGGCAUCACAUUCGGGACAGGGCUCAUAUCCUCCAGCGCUCCCGAAAUCACCGCACAGGGGACCAGGAAGAGCGGCAGGACUACAUCAACCUGGAUGAAAGUGAGGCGGCAGCCUUUGAUGAUGAAUGGCGGAGAGAGACGUCCCGGUUCCGGCCGCAGCGCCCUCUGGAAUUCCGGAGGCAUGAGGCAAACGUGGGUGGGGGACGGAGGGCUGAGGGGCCGCCCCGCUUGGCUGUUCAGGGACCCGAGGACUCCCCGUCUCGACAGUCCCGCCGCUAUGACUGGUGAAGGCCCCGGUUCUCCGCCUCUCCUGUACAGGCUGAGAGGCUGAGAAAUCAUCCCCUGAGAUAACCUUUUCCUUUUCAACUUUCACCCCAAUUUAAUAUGAAAUGAAUAGGCAAGCUGGCCCCCACCUCUCCCUGGGGGUCUCAGGGAGAGCCUUUCACUGCCCCCUUACCUACUUCUGACAUCUUCCCACAAUGACUCCACUUGUCCUGUGUCCACUAACUUGAGUUUCCAUUUUGCUGCUCCAUCUCCAAACCUCAUCUUCCCAUUGCACCCCUAUCAUGCAUUGCAGGGUCUUUGAGGGCACGCCCUGGGUUUAGGGCCGUCCAUCCUUUAGCUCCCCUGGACCUUUGCCCACCUCUUCCUCAGAGCCCUCGCUGCAGGCACCUAGUCCUGUCGGGGCUGUGGAGAGAGCGGACUGGUUCCUAACUCUUUCUCCCUUCUCCUGCCCCGCCCCCCAUGUCACAGAAUCUUCCCUACACCCCUUCUGCCUUUAUUUUUUUGAUUUGUGCAACUUGUAACUAGGUGUUUAUGGAAUAAAGGAGAAUGAAAAAA